UGGCAAUCCUGCCUGUGGCAGCAGGGCUGGAACCUGAUGAUCCCUGAGCUCCCUUCCGACGCCAGCCAUCCUAUGGUUCUGCGGUUCCCCAACAUUCUCUUCUCUUCUGAUUUUGCCGUCGUGACCCCUCAGCUUUCACCAUUUGUGAGGACGGAUGUCACUGAAGCGGACCUGCUGCCGUGACUCUGGCCGUUCUCAUGGUUGGCUCUUCUUUUCUUGCAGCUCUCCCUCCCCUCAUGGCUCGCCGAUCUCAAAGCUCCUCGCAGGGGGACAACCCGCUUGACCCUAACUACCUUCCCCCGCACUACAAGGAGUACUACCGCCUGGCUCUGGAUAUACUCACCGAAGAGGGCAAAGAGAGUUACGAACGCUUUCUGGCAGAGGAGGCAGCCCCUGAUUUCCUUUGCAACUCAGAGGUGGAUCACAUCCUACAGAACCUGCAGAAACCCCAGUAUGCCAAUCAGGAAGGUAACACAGACACGGCAGGGGACAACGACGUGGACGGAUCCUCCGGGACCUACUGGCCCAUGAACUCAGACCUCGCCGUCCCGGAGCUCGACCUGGGCUGGCCCAUGGUCUUUGGGUUCAGGGGAACAGAAGUAACAACCCUGGUGCAGCCGCCGCCCCCCGACAACCCCAGCAUCAAGGAAGAGGCUCGCAGGAUGAUUCGAGCUGCUCAGCAGGUGGUAGCCAUAGUCAUGGACAUUUUCACUGACGUGGAUCUGCUGUUUGAAGUGCUGGAUACUGCUGCUCGCAGAGUCCCUGUGUACAUCUUGCUCGAUGAAAUGAACUCUCAGCUUUUCCUUGAUACAGCUGCUAAAUGCAGAGUCAAUCUGAACUACGUGGAGUUCCUAAGGGUGAGAACAGUUUCUGGCCCAACCUACUACUGCCGCACGGGGAUGUCUUUCAAAGGACACGUGAAAGAGAAGUUCCUCCUGGUGGACUGCAUGGUGGUGCUGAGUGGCAACUACAGUUUCAUGUGGUCUUUUGAGAAGAUUCACAGGAGCAUUGCACACAUCUUCCAGGGGGAGCUGGUGGCCAGCUUCGAUGAAGAGUUCCGAAUUUUGUUCGCGCAGUCAGAACCUCUCGUUCCUCCAGCCAACGUCUUGGCAAAGGCAGAGAACCCAUUUGCCAUGACUCCCUUUGGCAAUAACAUGCCAUUCUUUCCUAAAAAAGCGCCCCUCAUGUUCCAGAGGGACGACAACCUUUUUCCCUCCUUUAUGGACCGAGUUGAUCCAGACAGGUACUUCCUGUCCAACUUCCGGCGCGAUGAUUUGUUACGCCACACCGUGGAGGGGUCAGCCAUGCGAAUGUACAAGAAGGUAGAGAUGGAGAAUGCUCAGAUGGACCCCGUCAGGGGUUUUCUCCGUUCCAAGCAGCUGGAGUUGGAUGCUUUUAAGAGACACAGUUUUGCAGAAGGAACGUUUGAAAAUUUUGCUUCUUCUAAGCAGUAUGCCAGGCAGAUGUUCGUGAACAAUAUGGACGAAUUUAAAAUCCAGUCUAGUCAUUUUCAGAAGGAUCAGUUCUACCAGUACCAGUUUGAACACCCCCACCUUUCUGGCAGACCCCAGGGAUUCUUUGACAGAAUACGAGGCGGUAGGCCCGGAUUCAAUGAACUGGAAGAGGGAGGACCCCUUCCCUACGGAGAGGGACCCAGAUACCCCGAACUUGAAUCCGGUUUCCCACAGGAGGGUUUCCCCUUAAGGCUGGAUUAUGUGCCUUCCAAUUCUUCCAGGGAAGUGAGACAUGGCUCUGAUCAGCUGAACCCUGCAGGCAAUGGCCCAAUGGGAAUGAUGCUAAGACGGCAGAAUAUAGGACAGAAGUUUAUUUGCCAGACUUCUCCUACGCAGAAGCAAAGCCUGGAACAGCGCCUGUUCCUGCAAGACAAAGAUGAGGACCAAGAUCAGGACAAGAACACUCAGGAAAAUAGAACAGGUUUACGCAACUGGAGGAUUUCUUCAUACCUCAGUGCAUACCAGUCAGAACCAGAAGAAGGUCUCCCAAUGCCCAUGGAAUCGGAAGCGUACAACGAUGUUCUUGGGGAUCCCCUCGCAAAGCACCCCACGGACCUCAUCCCAGCAUUCAAAUCCCCUGUGUCUUUUAAUAGCAAGUCACUGGGGGUUGAAAAUGCCAAAGAAUUUGCAGAUCCUGAGAGAGGAGGUGAAGAAACACCUAUGAUGAAACAAGACGCCUUUAGGUCCAGAAUAAAUCCCUUGAUCCAGAGGAGCUCAAGACUCAGGUCCUCUCUGAUUUUCAACGCUGCCAAGUUAGAUCAGCCUAACACGACGAUAGAGAAGGUUCAGAUGAUCCAUAAGGAGCAGGUGUCCAAUGAACUGACAAAAGACAAUGAAACUAUAAAGACAGCCACCUCGUCGAAAGUGGCAGAGCUCCUAGAGAAAUACAAAGCUGUGGGCAAAGACGCCGAGCGAGCUGCAGUCACUCACACCAAAGCCGUGUCUAGCUUUCUCCAGGAGGAGUCGCAGAGCGCCGAGAAGAAGUGUACCAAAUCCGUGCAGUAUAAGAUUCUGGAGAGUAGAGUACUGGAGUCCAAAGACCCCUGCAGCACCUACAAGAUGCACGGAGAGACUGACAGAGCGUUUGGAAUGGCUUCGUCAAGCCCCCAGCUCAUCGAUGCUCUGAGUAAAGACCCCUUAGCACACCUGGGCGCUAAAGUGGACAAAUUAUCGUCUCGGUUUUACCCUAUAGAGAAUAAACCCGCUCUGCCAGAAAAGGAGAGUCUUAUAUUUGUAGGAGAUACUCAGAAAUUGGCUCUUCCAGAAAAGAAGGAGAGAGUGACCUUCAAGGACGACGCUGAAAAAUUGGUCAGUGCAGAACUGAAGAAGCCACAGGUGAGGACGGGCACCACGUCAGUCAUCGAAAACCUGUCUAAGGGUCCAGGAUCCGACAGCUCCCUCAAUAAGUCCGAGGAAGAGUGUUCCAAACAGGAACAAAAUACAAUGGAAUUUUUGAGAAAAGGAUCCCUACGGUUGAAGCAGUUUCUGAACCCAAAAGGUGAAAAGAAACUGGAGGAGGAACCCAGUUCGGAGGUUGGCAAGUCUGACAAGCAGCCCGUGGCUCUCAAAAGAUCUUCCAUAGGCGACUGUCAGGAAAUGGUGGUGGAGGAAGAAAAAAACCACAAGUUUGCGACGCCGCUUCCUCCCAAAAGCAGCCAACCGGCGCAGGGCAGAUUUCCCUCAUCCACAGCCAACAUUCUCUACAGCAGCAAUCUCCGUGAUGACACCAAGGUGAUCCUGGAACAAAUCUCUGCUAACAGCCAGAAGAACAGAGCUGAACUGGCCAAGCAGCUGCCAUCCACCAGCAAUCCCGACCUUUCUAAGUCAACUCUGAGCCUGGAAAGGAAAGCCGAGAAGGAGAAAAGCUGCAACAUCCACAGAUCGGAGAGCUUUGGGAGCCAGAAACGAAAUCUUCAGCGGCAGCCAUCGGAGGACAGAGAUACCCUGCUGAAAAAAAUGGAGAACAUGCGGAAGGAAAAGAGGGUGUACAGCAGGUUUGAGGUCUUCUGCAAAAAGGAUGAGCAUACGAGUCAGGGCGAGGAGGAGUACGACGCGGACGCCAAAGACAAGAAGAUGGGGAAGUUCAUGCCCAAAAUCCUGGGGACCUUCAAGACCAAAAAAUGACCGUGGGAGCGCUGUUUAAUUCCGUAUCGUCACUGACUGUCAAAGCCAAUGAGGAAGACACGCUUUCAUGAUGGCUGUAAAGCUCUUUGAGGUUGGCAAGUGGGAUGUGUUCAGCAGUACUCCUGUGGCACAGAGUGCCCCUAGUAACAGGAAACCUUAUUACGGUAUAUUUAAAAUAAAGUUAUUAAAUUGCCACGA